GGUGGGCGGAGCGCGGACAGCCGGCGUGUUGGAGGCCGCAGCUCGCUGCAGAUGAAGCAUGGCAGGCGACAGCGAGACAAAGCCGGAGGAGCAGGCCGAGAAUGACAGCAGCCACGGGGAGCCUUUCCUCAUCGGUGUGGCCGGAGGAACAGCCAGCGGCAAGUCGUCGGUGUGCAGCAAGAUCAUGGAGCUGCUGGGCCAGAACGAGAUCGACCAUCACCAGCGGCAAGUGGCCAUCCUGAGCCAGGACAGCUUCUACAGAGUCCUCACUCCGGAUCAGAAGGCCAAAGCACUGAAGGGCCAGUUCAACUUCGACCACCCAGAUGCAUUCGACAAUGAUCUCAUAAUCGCAACCCUGUGGGACAUCAAGGAGGGGAAAACAGUCCACAUUCCUGUUUAUGACUUUGUUUCCCAUUCCAGGAAGGAGGAAACAGUGACGGUGUACCCAGCUGAUGUGGUGCUGUUUGAGGGCAUCUUGAUGUUCUAUUCUCAGGAGAUUCGAGACCUUUUCCAAAUGAAGCUGUUCGUGGACACCGACGCAGACACACGUCUGUCACGGAGAGUGCUGCGGGACAUCAGUGAGCGUGGUCGGGACUUGGAAAGUGUUCUAGCACAGUACAUCACAUUUGUGAAGCCUGCGUUUGAGGAGUUCUGUCUGCCAACGAAGAAAUAUGCUGAUGUGAUAAUACCGAGAGGAGUCGAUAACAUUGUUGCUAUAAACCUGAUCGUCCAGCACAUCCAGGACAUUCUGAACGGCGGUCUGACCAAACGGCUCAACGGGUGUUUCGGCGGUUUAGCGAAAACGCAGCCAAACAUGGAGUCGAGCAGUCGGCCGCACUAAAGCACAUCUCUCCUCCACAGAGAGGAAGGAAGAAUCACCUGAAUGUGCUUCUCAUCGCAGCGAGGCAGGAGCAACUGCCAGGAAAUCGGAAGGCCUCCUUUUGGUCCGAUUCUGCUUGGACUGAGGAAAUCAAUAAUGAAGGAGGGAGGCUUUGUGGAGCCGGUUUAAAGCAGAUGUAUUCAGUUCUGUUUUUCUCUUUAGCUUGUAUGAGAUUAAAGGGGGAGGAACACAACGAGGCUCACUUUCAAUUUCAUUCAAAACUGCUGCUUGCCUUUACCACAGCACAGAGGUGGAGGAACUUAAAGAAUCGGUGUCUCCAGACAGAUUCCUGGACACUUCUCAGCCUUUAACGAUACAAUAAAUGCAGUGUAGCAACGUGCUCUUUAAUGGCAGGGCCUGGUUCUCUUUAUCAAUGCAACUUUUCUUCAGGCUUGGUGUAUUUAAGAAACAAACAUAUUUUCACUUCAACAAAUACACUUUGAAAUAAUGUGAGACUUCUGAUGUUUGUGUCCCAUUGCCCCCAAGCUGUAUUUGCUUUGUCUUGUGUAAAUAGAAAUUAUUAUUAAAAUGAAACAACCGAUUUCCACCUCAGAUCAUCUGAUGUACGACAUCAUCGCCAAAGAUCAUUUUUUUUCGUGUCAUCUUUGUGGACCAGUUGUGAAGUUUUAUUUAAAUGUGAUGCUGCCACUCAUUAAGAACAGUCAAUUAUGUUGUUACGGAACGACCACAAAGUGUUUUUUUUUAAAUUUUAGUUCCCUUCAACUUGAAACUCUCAGAUGCACACGCGUGUACAUUUUCAUUUAAAAGAAGAUGCGCUGAGCUGUAAAAUGACAUUUAGUCCAACAUGUAAAAGUGUUCUGUAAAAGUUUUUUUCUGCCUGUAUACAUAUUUCUUAUAAUAAAGUUCUCAGGUACUCUU